AUGUUUUCACUUCAAGGCGACUCAAGUUCCAGUGACAGAAAUUUCUACGGCCCUGGUUUACAGAGUCGACGACUCGGAUGGGGCGAGCCUUAUACUCCGUCCCGGCUAUCUCCAGGUAUGCCACCCAGUGACCCAUUUACAGAUUCAGCACCAGCACCAUUGCAAUGCAAUUAUCAAUUUCAUCAAGGCGCAUAUAUGCAUGAUAAUCAGCAAAUGACAGCCUUGCAUGAUCGCUGCAAGGCACUGGAGAUUCAGGUCAUCAAGCUGACUACUGAGCGUGAUACAUUGCAAGCAAAUUUUCAACAGCUUGCCAAUGCACUCCAGCAGUCUGGAAACCCCCUUACGCUCGAUCCUACAUUCUCUGCCCAGCUAGGCAGCAAUGACACUAAUCACCCCACGCCUCAAACACAUCCAAAAAUUCAUUUUUGGACCCAGAUAGACUACAUUGAAUGGCUCGAUACUUCCAUGGGCCGACUCUCUGACCGCGGAAAGCUAGGCUACCUCGAAGACGAAAAUGGUGGUCCGAUUGCCACAACUAUGGUCAAGGGUAUCCGUAAAGCCCUCCGCGCUGGUUGGUGUGAACUAACUAAUCGCAAACUCGCCCCGAAGACAUGGGGUGUUUUAUCUGCCUCUGGACGAAAGCUCAUUCACACCCUGAUGGAGGAUGCCUACCCCUUGCUAAAGUUUGCCGAUGGUGGAUGGAAAUUGGAGUAUCUUGCCAGUACAUCAUACUCUGCUUGGCAUAGAACCUAUCUUACUGAUUACAGAAACUGGAAGUCGAGGAAUCAUGGCAAUGAGGACGACGACGACGACGAAAGCGAUAAUGGAAACACUGGUAACUCACGAAGCUCAAACUCAAACGGUAAAAAGCGUAAGAAGGCAAAAUUCUCCAUCAAGUCCGAAGUCCCUCAAAAGAAGAUGAAAGUUAAUUCAGAGCCUCUUGAUAUGAUUCUACCACAGAUAUCCACCACCAAUAUACUGUCAUCAUCAACUCCGAGUACUCAGACACCAGACCCUUCAGCACCAGACUCUCCACACUCUCUGAUGGGACCGACCUCUCCGACACCAGAUGCUCCGACACCAGACUCUCCGAGACCCUCUCCAAUAGCACUGGCCCCUCUGACACUAGCCUCUCUAACAAUAGGAUCUCUGGCACCAGACUCACCACCCGAACUUCUGUCAACUGCUCCUGCACUGCUUGCUCCUGAGGCGGGCCUGGACUUGCAUGAUAAAGAAAAUGUCCCUUCUAAGCUUAUCGAUGCACCAACAUGUAUCAAUGUUGUAAUUGCAAAUCCACUGGCAGCACUUGCUCUCGCAGCGUCAAAAGUUCAGUUGCCACCUCUUCCUCUUGGACCCGCUCCUCCCCCACUCCCUUCUGCACCCAAUGGUGCUAAUUCUGAGUCGACCACUCAAAAUCACGCUAGUCUCCCCAUUGCCGACAAUGUUAAUGUUUCAAAGGCUGCAACGGGAUCUACGAAAAGCGGUGCCAAGGGUAAGAUGUGUCCAAGCAGUACUAAAAAUGGACGCAACUUGUGUGCCCAACGAUGGCUCAAGACAUUGAAGACAAAUGGAACGACCAAGGAAUUUUGUUCUUACUAUGGAGAUCUCACACCAGCUCAGCGAAAGGCAUAUGAUGACGAGUCAGCGUCAUUGGUUGCUAAUAAAUCCUGGAACAAGACCGCUUACAAUGGAACGAUAUACUAG